AUGAUACGGAGUGGACAGAUCCAGUUGUGGCAGUUUCUCCUGGAGCUCCUGAGUGAUUCGAGCAAUGCAAAUUGCAUCACAUGGGAGGGAACGAAUGGAGAGUUCAAACUCACGGAUCCAGAUGAAGUUGCUCGUCGAUGGGGAGAAAGGAAGUCCAAACCUAAUAUGAACUACGACAAAUUGAGUCGCGCUCUCAGAUAUUACUACGACAAGAACAUCAUGACGAAGGUACAUGGAAAGAGAUACGCCUACAAGUUUGAUUUCCAAGGUUUGGCAGCGGCAACUCAACCGGCUGCAGAUCCUGCUGCUUACAAGUACCAGUCGGAACUCUUCAUGCCGACUGGAUAUCCCCCAGCGUCGAUUUUCCCGCCUCCGACUUCUUACUGGGCGAAUCCGUCGGCAAAUCUGUAUUCGAAUAUCGCGGCAGCCUCAGCAGGACACACGAUGGCAACUCACCCGAGUCACAUGACCACGGCCCUAGGCUCUUACCCACAUUAUGCGUGACAUCCAGCCUUCUUUUGAUGUCAACGCAAUCAACGAGGCGAAGACCGUCCCCAAGGAGACGGCACGACAGACGCAAAACUUCAAGGAAACUCUUUCCUUCAAGAACCCUGUGAUAACAUUUUUCUGACGCGAAUGGACGUGGAACCUCCUCGAUCAGGUUCCUUCGAUUUUGAGAGUACGAGAUGUUCUACGCUUAUCCGUGAUCAUACUGCAAUCCUUUGAUCUCAUUAUUUUCCUCGUCCGCGAGUGUUGUGGCAUGCAUCUCUAUAGCCUAAAUUAUACAUGUAUUCACAGGAGAUGAGAUUUGUCUCCUGAGAGAAUGGACGCGAGAGCAAUAAAUGCACGACACCACGAAACACACCUACACGACCACCCGGUUGACUGUAUACAUUACGUGAAGUAGCAAAAUCUACUUUUUCUCGUAGGAGAGAAAGAAAAGGAAUAAAG